CACGCGAGGGCGCGGCCAUCAUAACGCCCGGCUCACGCCUCCGCUCCACUCCAAAAUCCCCCACCUCCCUCCCAUUUCAAAACCUCCUCCGGUCCUCCCCUUCCACCAUUUCCGCAUAGGCCUGCUUGUCACCUUCCCAAUCCCUCCUCCCCCACCUUCCCAGUCCCCAGCAGCAGCAGGAGUCUUGGCCACCAUGUCUCCCACCACCACCCCGUCCCCCGCGCCCGCGGCGGCGCCGUCCUCCAAGGGCGCCAAGCGCAGCCUCAUGUCCUCGCUCAUGGACGCCACCGCGCUGCUCCGCUCCGCCUCCUUCAAGGAGGACUCGUACGUCGCCGCCGCGCUCCCGCCGUCCGAGCUCCGCGCGCUCGCCAACCUCAAGGCGCUGCUCGCCAGGCACCCGGACCCCAUCUCCAUCUGGGGCGUCCCGCUCAACAGCCCCCAGCAGCCCCCUCCCGCGGCAGCCGACGGCGCCGCCGCUCCUCCGGUGGACGAGCGAGCCGACGUGGUGCUCCUCAAGUUCCUCCGCGCGCGCGACUUCCGCGUCCGCGACGCGCACGCCAUGCUGCUGCGCUGCGCGGCGUGGCGCGCCGAGUUCGGCGCCGACGCGGUGCUGGACGAGGACCUGGGCUUCAAGGACCUGGAGGGCGUCGUCGCCUACAUGCACGGCUGGGACCGCGAGGGCCACCCCGUCUGCUACAACGCUUACGGCGUCUUCAAGGACCGCGACAUGUACGAGCGCGUCUUCGGCGACGGCGACCGCCUCGCGCGCUUCCUCCGCUGGCGCGUCCAGGUCAUGGAGCGCGGCGUCAGGGCGCUCAGCCUCAGGCCGGGCGGCGUCAACGCCAUCAUCCAGGUCACCGACCUCAAGGACAUGCCCAAGCGAGAGCUAAGGGCCGCCAGCAACCAGAUCCUCUCGCUCUUCCAGGACAACUACCCGGAGAUGGUGGCGCGCAAGGUGUUCGUCAACGUGCCGUGGUACUUCUCCGUGCUCUUCUCCAUGAUCUCGCCCUUCCUCACGGAGCGCACCAAGAGCAAGUUCGUCAUCGCGCGCGAGGGCAACGUCGCCGAGGCGCUCUACAAGUUCAUCCGGCCGGAGCUGGUUCCCGUGCAGUACGGCGGGCUCAGCCGCGCCGGCGACCUCGAGAACGGCCCGCCCAAGCCGGCGUCCGAGUUCACCAUCAAGGGCGGCGAGAAGGUCUUCCUGGAGAUCGACGGCAUCGAGGCCGGUGCGACAAUAACAUGGGACCUGGUGGUCGGCGGCUGGGACCUGGAGUACGGCGCGGAGUAUGUGCCGGCGGCCGAGGGGAGCUACACGCUGUGCGUGGAGAAGACGAGGAUGGUUCCGGCCACCGCCGAGGAGCCCCUGCACAAUGCCUUCACUGCGAGGGAGGCCGGCAAGAUGGUGCUGUCCAUCGACAACUCCGGCUCCCGGAAGCGGAAGGUCGCCGCGUACCGGUACUUCGUGCGCAAGCCGUCGGCGUAGUGCUCGGCAUUCCAGUGGCGGUGGGCGGCAGCUUGCCGGCCGGCGGUGGCGACGGGAGUUUGACAUGGGUCGGACGGAGAACUGCUUCCUUGCUGGGGCUUUGUUGUGGUCUUGUUGGAGGGUGAAAUUAAGGUUAGGGGUACUUAAUUACUAGUGCUAUAAUGACAUGCAUGUAUUAUGCCAUAUGUAGAAUAUAAUGUAAGAGCUGUUGAACUUUUGUCAUCACCACCGUUAUAAAGCUAAUGAGUUCAGUUUUUUGGGCAA